UUUGGCGGCGGCCGCCGCAGGCAGCGCGCAGCUCCGCUCAGGGCGCACCGGGGCCCGCUCCGCGCCGCCAUGCUGGAGCUGCUGGCGCUGCUGGCGGCCUCGCUGCCUUUGGUGCUGCUGGGGGUAGGGCGGCUGGCGGCUGCUGUCGCCUGGGUGCCGCUGAAGCGCUGGGCGCUGGGCUGCUUCCUGCUUUUCCACGGCGCCUGGAGGCAGUGGGCGGCCGGCGCGGUUCCCGCGGAGCUACGGCGGCCGCGGCCGCUCCGCCCCGAUCCCCACGCUCUUGAUUCGGUUUAUUUCACUGGCUUCACAGAGACCAACAAGACCUUUGUGAUUGCUCGCCUUGCAAAACGUCCUGAUGGGAUCUGUGAGAUGUGGCUCUUCCUGAGGCUGGAUGGAAUAGGAGAGUUUGAACACCCGCAACAUCCAAACAUGAUGGUGAGUGAUGAAUCUGAAGAGCACUGGAGUGGAGGAGGGCUCACUAUUGAAUACUUAGAGCCCCAGACACGCUGGAAAAUAAAGUUUGAUGGAUUACUGAGAAAAGGACCCUACCGACAGCAGUGGAGUGAAGAAGGAGGAGAGCUUGUACCGGUUAAAUUCUCUCUUCACUGGGACAACUUCACAGAAGUCUUUAAUUUUAAUGUUGACAGUCACCCUGGCUCAUUUGUACAGGCUAUUGCACAGGAGCCAUGGACAAUCGAGUUCUUCCAAAGGAUCAAAAAACAAAGGGACCAACAUUUCCGACACGAGCAGUGGGGCCAGGCUGAUGGAGAAAUCGAGAUAAAUCGUGACAAAACUGAACUUUCUCUCAAAGGUGUUCGGAGCCACUCCUAUGGUGUCCGGGACUGGUCUGAGAUUUACCGUUAUAUCAUGAUUCUGGCACACUUUGAAGAUGGGACUGCAGCACAUUUAACAGUCAUUAAUAUGCCAGCUACCACAACUAACCUCACUGUUGGUUAUGUCUUUUUCCCUGAUGGGAGGAAGGCUGGCAUUGAGUGGUCCAACGCCUCUCUGGCUGAGAUGGCUGCUGAUGGUGUCAUCAGGGAGAAAUAUGGAGUCACUUUUACUGCUGGUGGCAAGCACUUUGAAGUUUCUGCAAGGCUGGACAAGCAGGCUUGCCCAGUGGUGUAUAAUGGUCUGACUGGAAGAGGUGUUUUCCAUGAGUGCAUUGCAGAUUUCCAGCUGAAUGGGUUGACUCAAGGCUGGGGCUUGGUUGAAUUUUAUUACAGGGAUGAAGCUGCCCAGCUAGUUCCAAACUUGCAGCUUGGUUCAGCAGCCAAAAGACCUGACCUUUCUUCUUGGCACCCUGCAACCAACAGCUCUGCCCCGUGAGCAUUCUCAAGCUUGUCUCAGCAGUAUUAAUGAGCAGCAGCUCUCACCAAAAAUAUAAAGUUCUUCUCUGCAAAAUGCUCCAUUUUGAAUGUGGAACUCAGGAUGCUGUGGAGGUUGAGGGUAUUAAAGGAUUUAGAGAGAAAUGAGAUAUGAUUUUAUUUGUGCAGAUCUUAGUGGUUGCUCACCAUGGUGGCCUGGAGGCAAUUUAAAGGAACCUUCUGGCCUGCUGAUUGCAGGGAGAGCCCACUGGGAGGGAUCACUCUAUGCUCUGUCUGCUCCCCACAGUGAAGACCAGGAUGCUGAGCUGUGUGGAACUCUGACCUGAUUUAGCUCUGUCAGAUUUGGUUUUGAAAUAAAAGCUCUACCUUUCUGGA